GGCCAAGACCCGGAAGUGACAUGGCGUCCUCCUUGUGCAGCUCCCUGUCGCCUGCCUCCGCUUCGUCUUAGCGCCUCGUCUCUCACCUUCUUCGCCGUCCCAGGCUUUGUGUGUCCUUCACCGGGUCGGCGUCCCUUGGAGCUCAGCAUGGGCGCCGUCCACGCCAGGAGCCUGGACCCUCUGCCCAUGCACGGGCCUGAGCUGGGAGUCCAUGCCGACGACAUUGAGCCUCCGGAAGUGGAGCAGGAGCCCAAGCAGGAAAUCCUGGAAAACAAGAACGUGGUGGUCCAGCGAGUGCACAUAGACGGGCUCGGGAGGACCAAGGAGGACCUGUUGUCCUAUGAGAUCGCCGAUGUGUUCCGUGCCAGGAAUCUGGUUGAUGUGAUGAAAAGGUCGCACGAUGCCAGACAGAAGCUGCUGCGUCUCGGAAUAUUCAGGAAAGUGGAGGUUGUUAUCGACACCUCGAGAGGUGAGGAUGCUCUUCCCAACGGUCUGGACGUGACCUUUGAAGUGGUGGAGCUGCGGCGGCUGACAGGCAGUUACAACACCAUGGUUGGAAACAAUGAAGGAAGCAUGGUUCUUGGCAUGAAGUUGCCUAAUGUGUUCGGCCGUGCCGAGAAGCUGACCUUUCAGUUCUCCUACGGCACCAAAGAGACUUCCUACGGACUCUCCUUCUUCAAACCUCAACCGGGAAACUUCGAACGCAACAUCUCCCUCAACGCAUACAAAGUAACCGGCCAGUUUCCAUGGAGUUCUCUGAGAGAAACGGAUCGGGGCGUGUCUGCCGAGCUAAACUUCCCCGUGUGGAAGACCAACCAGACGCUGAAGUGGGAAGGAGUGUGGAGAGAUUUGGGAUGUCUGGCUCGCACCGCCUCCUUUGCCGUCCGGGAGGAGAGUGGACAUUCCCUCAAAUCAUCACUUGCGCACGCCAUGGUCAUCGACACCAGAAACUCCUCCAUCCUGCCCAGGAGAGGCGGCCUGUUGAAGAUCCAUCAGGAGCUCGCUGGCUACACCGGUGGAGACGCCAGCUUCCUGAAGGAGGACUUUGAGAUCCAGCUCAACAAAACCCUCUUCUGGGACUCUGUUUUGUCUGCCUCCUUGUGGGGCGGUCUGCUCUUGCCCUUUGGUGACAAGCGCACAAGCAUAGCAGACAGGUUCUACCUGGGCGGCCCUACCAGUAUUCGUGGUUUCAGCAUGUACAGCAUGGGACCGCAGAGUGAAGGUAUGACAGGCGAUUACCUUGGAGGGGAAGCCUACUGGGCAGGAGGCCUUCACCUCUACACUCCUCUGCCUUUCCGGCCUGGCAAAGGGGGCUUUGGCGACCUUUUCCGAACGCACUUCUUUCUCAACGCCGGAAACCUUUGUAACCUCAACUAUGGGGAGGGUCCGCAAGCACAUUUGAAGAAACUGGCAGAGUGCAUCCGCUGGUCAUAUGGACUUGGCAUCGUGUUACGUUUGGGGAACAUUGCCCGACUGGAGCUGAAUUACUGCAUUCCCAUGGGAGUCCAGAGUGGAGACAGGAUAUGUGAUGGGGUCCAGUUUGGAGCAGGAAUCCGGUUCCUCUGAAGCCACGGGAGCGCCACAGCACUAGACGUUGUUGUUGUUGAAAGGACGAUUGCUUGUAGUGGAUGUGUGUUGCAUCUUAUCACUUCAAUAAACCGUGUUUGCACUGAA